CACAAUUGUGUUAUUUAUGUGUUAUGUAUUAUUUUUAUAAGAUUACAUUACUGAUCAUUAUUAAUUCUUCUUUCACUUCUCAAUUUUCACAGCACCCACCCAGACACAAGCUUUAGAUGGUAGGGAUUAUGUCUGAGUUGUUAACUGAUGUAUUGCAGAACUAAGUAACAGAUAUUAAUAUUUCUUUGAAUGAAGGAAUGAGAAAUUGUAGUUGCAUGGUUUUCUGAAUACAUCAUCUCUCCCCAAACCAAUUCCAAACUCCGAAUAACUGGCGUCUUUAUAGAGAAUACAUUUGCUGUGAUUCUCUAAAAUAUCGCAUGGUGGCGCUGCAGGCUAAGGCGUCAAAAACCAAAAAAGUCAGCUCUGAGGAGCUCUAUCUCAGAUCUCUAGCCCGAGGAAAGUCUGUGAGCUGAGCUCAAGACCAGUAAGUCUCUAGCAAAUGCUGCCCAUCGACAUUUCCGGAGAGGUUACCGACUGAGAGAUCCUUCACUGUCUCAGUCCCCUGGCGCACUAAGACAGAACUAGCCACUGUUUCUGGAAAGUUGCUUGCAGAAAGUAAAGAUGGAUACCAAAGGGGAGAGCUUUCCUAAACAAAGGCAAGUCUUUAUUCUUUGUUUCUUGCUGGGAGAGGCUCUGGCAGGUUGGGAAUCCCGCCGCUAUUCCGUGAUGGAGGAAACAGAGAGCAGCUCCUUAGUGGCCAACCUGGCCAAGGACCUGAGGCUGGGAGUGGAGGAGCUAGCUGCACGGGGCGCCCGGGUGGUCUCUGAGGAUAACCAGCUCGCCUUGCAGCUUGAUCUGCAGACUGGGGAGUUGAUAUUAAAUGAGAAACUGGACCGGGAGAAAAUGUGCGGCCCCACCGAUCCUUGCAUAAUGCAUUUCCAAGUGUUACUGAAAAAACCAAUGGGAGUAUUUCAAGCUGAGCUACUAGUAAGAGAUAUAAACGAUCAUUCUCCUGAGUUUCCUGAAAGAGAUAUGGCGGUGAAAAUUCCAGAGAACAGCGCUCCUGGCACUGUGUUUUCUUUGAAAAAAGCCCAAGACCUAGACGUGGGCAACAACAACAUCCAAAACUACAAUAUCAGCCCCAACUCUCAUUUCCAUGUUUUCACCCGCAAUCGGGGGGAUGGUAGGAAAUACCCAGAGCUGGUCCUGGACAAAGAGCUGGAUAGAGAGGAACAGGCAGAAUUCAAAUUAACCCUCACAGCGCUGGAUGGCGGCUCUCCACCUAGAUCUGGCACCGCCCAGGUCCACAUCUCAGUUUUGGAUGUCAAUGACAAUGCCCCUGAGUGUGCACAGGGGCUCUACCAGGUGCGAGUCCCAGAGAACAGCCCUGUGGGGGCGCUGGUUGUCAAGGUGUCUGCUAAUGAUUUAGACACUGGGACAAAUGGAGAGAUAGCAUACUCCCUUUUUUAUAGUUCACAGGAGUUAAGCACAACUUUUGAGCUGAACAGUCUUUCAGGAGAAGUUCGACUUAUUAAACAACUAGAUUUUGAGACAAAAUCCUCCUAUGAGCUGGAUAUAGAGGCAACUGAUGGUGGGGGGCUUUCUGGAAAAUGCUCUGUCUCCAUUGAGGUAACAGAUAUUAAUGACAACUUCCCAGAAAUAACUGUUUCAUCACUUACCAGUCCUAUUCCUGAAAAUUCCCCUGAGACCGAAGUGGCUUUGUUUAGGAUUCGGGACCGAGACUCAGGGGACAACGGGAGGAUGAUUUGCUUCAUACAGGAUGAUCUCCCCUUCUUCCUGAAACCAUCUCAAGAGAAUUUCUAUACCCUAGUAACAAAUGCGGCGCUGGACAGAGAAAGGCAGGCCGAGUACAACAUCACGAUCACCGUCACGGACUUGGGGACCCCCAGGCUGAGGACCCAGCACCACAUCACCGUGCUGGUGUCCGACGUGAACGACAACGCCCCCGCCUUCAGCCAGAGCGCCUACACGCUGCUGGUGCGCGAGAACAACAGCCCCGCGCUGCACAUCGGCAGCGUGCGCGCCACCGACGCCGACGCGGGCUCCAACGCGCAGCUCACCUACUCGCUGCUGCCCGCCGGCCGCGCGCACCCGCCGCCCGCCGCGCUCGUGGCCGUCAACGCCGACACCGGCCAGCUGUUCGCGCUGCGCUCGCUCGACUACGAGGCGCUGCGCGCCUUCGACUUCCUGGUGGGCGCCACGGACCGCGGCUCGCCCGCGCUCAGCGGCCAGGCGCGGGUGCGCGUCGUGGUGCAGGACGCCAACGACAACGCGCCCUCCGUGCUCUACCCGCCGCCCAACGCCUCGGCGCCCUGCCCCGAGCUGGUGCCGCGCGCGGCCGACGCGGGCUACCUGGUCACCAAGGUGGUGGCGGUGGACGGCGACGCGGGCCAGAACGCCUGGCUGUCGUUCCAGCUGCUCAGGGCCACGGAGCCCGGGCUGUUCGGCGUGUGGGCGCACAACGGCGAGGUGCGCACCGCCAGGCCGCUGGGCGAGCGCGACGCGCCCAAGCACCGGCUGGUCGUGCUGGUCAAGGACAACGGCGAGCCGCCGCUGUCGGCCAGCGUCACGCUGCACGUGCUGCUGGUCGACGGCUUCUCGCAGCCCUACCUGCCGCCGCCCGACGCGCCGCCCCGCGCGCAGGCCGACCGCCUCACCGCGUCCCUGGUGGUGGCGCUGGCCGCCGUGUCGUCGCUCUUCCUCCUGUGCGCGCUCGCCUUCGCGGCCGCGCGCCUGUGCGGGAGGCGCGGGGCCGGCGCGCGCGCGGGCUCGCUGGGGCCCGACGGCCCCUUCCCGGGCCGCCUGGUGGACGUGGGCGGCCGGACGCUGUCCCACAGCUACCAGUAUGAGGUGUGCCUGACGGGGGGCUCAGGGACCAACGAGUUCAAGUUCUUGAAGCCUGUCUUCCCUAAUAUGUAGGUCAAGACUUUGGGAGAAAAUCUGUAAAAUCCAAUCUUCCAGAAUAGUUUAGCUAUCUGGAACUUUCCCACUGCCUACAUUAUUUGUUUCCUUCACCUUUACGUUUCUUCUUUCAACCCUAUAGUAAUCUUUAAUUCUAAUUGCUUUUCUUUUAACUCUACUAUUUUCUUUAAUAAUCUUACUCUUUGUUUUAUAUUCUGGUUGCCUUGUAAUUAUUUUACUAAAUAAGGUAUUGUUAGUAAAAAUUUCUAUCAGGAAAUGUCAUAAUUGUGAUUAAAUUUUUAGUACUCAUUUCUAAAGGACAAUAUGUAAGUUAACU